ACCAGUCUAAAAAAAUUCUCAUUUAUUCACUUAGACACAAUAAUGAAAGCUUCAAUCGUAUUUUUCAUUCAAAUAUGUGUUUUAAUUUUUACGAUAAAAUUAAAAAUGGCUAGUUCAUUUAUCUGCUUUGAGAAUAGUGAUUGCGAAACAGGCUAUUGUGAUAAAUCUGCUCUAAAUAAUAGGGCAAAACUAUGCGCAAUCGGCACUUGCAAUUGCCCAAAUGGAACCUAUCUUUCAGGAAAUACUUGUGAAAAACAAAAAAGCUACGAUGAGCUGUGUUCUCAUCAAAUGCAUUGUUCGAUCCAACAAGGUUUACGGUGCUUUCAUGGAAAGUGCAGAUGUCAGAACAAUAAGUAUAAAUAUGAAAAUAGAAAGUGUGUCUUGAUAAGUCCUAAAAAAUACGGAGAAAGUUGUAAUUCACCUACUGAUAUGUGCUAUGAAAAAAAUCAAUUUUGUGAGCAGGGAAAAUGCCGAUGUUUAUAUCGAGUACCUAGAAUAAGAAAUGAAUGCAGAGCUCUCAACUACAAUGAGGAAUGCAAAGAAUCAUAUGAAUGUGGGGUAUUUUUUGAGUGUUCUCAAGGAAGAUGUAUUUGUACGAAUAAUAGGAAAUAUUACAACGAAACCUUACCAGAUGGCACCCAACAUGUUAUGUGCAGUGAUAAAAAUAUGAUUGUAAAAAACCUCGACGUUGAAGAAGGACACGGUUGCGGCCAUGUUUUUACAUCACAGGAAGGAAAGAAACAAGCAGGUGAAUCGUGUACCCAUGAUACCCAAUGUUUAAAAUCAAAUGGUCUCCAAUGCGUUCUUCAACAAUGCGAUUGCCCAAAUGAAUUUUAUGAAUUAAAUAGAGGCAAGUGCAUUUUGAAAAAUCCAAAAAAAUAUGGAGAAAAUUGUAAAGACAAUUUUGGAUUUUGUGAAGAGGAAAAUAAUUCGUGCAUAUCCGACAAAUGUGUUUGUUCGCCAAUGUAUAGUAGAAAGGAUGGAGUAUGCAAACCACUGGGACAUAACGACGAAUGUUCGAGUGAAGAACCUUGUUAUACUCCACUCGAAUGUAGAGAUGGGAAGUGUCAAUGUUUAGCAGACCAUCAAUAUAUUGAAUAUGAUUUGCCUAAUGGAGAAAAAUUAAAAACUUGUGAAAGAAAGGAUUUUACUAUAAGAGAAAAAGUAACCAAAAAGGACCUGGAAUGCGGUUAUAGAUACGAAAAAAGCGAAAUGUCAAAGGGAUCUCUAAUGGUAACACAUUGUCCGAAGGCAAAUUCAAAUUCACUCUGUUUUACAAAUGAAGAUUGUACUUCCGGUUUAUGCAUAAAAAAAUCAAAUAUUGAAGAUAUAUACUGUGAAAACGGAUAUUGCGGAUGUCCUGAUGAUCAGUAUUUGGAAAGUGAAAACUGUAAACCAAAAAGAGGUAAAGGUGAACAAUGCUUUGGACUCGAUACGUGCAUGAGUAAUUUAAAAUGUAUGUCAUUUAGAUGCGAAUGUGAAAAUGACUUUUAUAAAUUUGAACAUAACAAAUGUGUGCUUAAAAACCCCAAAAAAUACGAAGAAAAUUGUAAUUCUCCAUAUGCUCAAUGCGUAGAAGAGAACACAAAUUGUCUGGAUAGUCUAUGUAAAUGUAGCUCUGGAUAUACCAGAAAAGAUGGGGUCUGUAGACGUCUUCGAAAUAAUGAAGCUGGAUGUUCGAAUACAGUCGAUUGUGAAUCGUCUGUUAAAUGUAUCAAUGAAACAUGUCAAUGCCCAAAAGGAGAAAUUUUUUUUGAAAAUGAAUUACCAGACGGUAGUAAAAUCACAAGAUGUGCAAGACUCGAAAUAGUUUAUAAAGUAACUGCCAGAGGUGAAAAUUAUUCCUGCGGCCACUCUCAUAGAUUCAAUGUGUACGGAAAUGGUAUCCGUCUAUUUCUUACAGCUUGUCCUAAAGAUUUACAGUGCGUUCGAUGUUUAAAUCCAAGAUUGAAACAUAGUUUUGUUUGUAGGAAAGCUUAA